AUGCGCCUUAUCAACUGCACAACACUUCAGCUAGAGGAGUUCUGCGGCAGCAACAUCCCAGCCUAUGCCAUCCUGUCGCACACGUGGGGCACAGACGAAGUGUCAUUGGGCGACUUCACCCUCGAUCAGGCUGCAGCAAGAACCAAAGAAGGUUAUCGAAAGAUUGCCUUUACAUGCCAGCAAGCACUCCAGGACGGACUCAAUUACGCAUGGGUCGAUACCUGUUGCAUCGACAAAACCUCGAGUGCGGAGCUUUCUGAGGCUAUCAACUCUAUGUUCGCGUGGUAUAAACGCUCGACCACAUGUUACGCCUAUCUUACGGAUGUUUUAGAAGCAGAUGUGGACACAAAUUUCCCUCAUAGUAGAUGGCACUCUCGAGGCUGGACAUUACAGGAGCUGAUAGCGCCUAGAGUUGUGAGAUUCUAUGACAGAGACUGGAAUGGGUUGGGCACAAAAGAAGAGCAUGCUGACUGGAUAUCUGAGAUUACAAGCAUCGACAAAGGUGUCCUCCGUGUGCGAUGGAAUUACUUUAACAGCGAAGUAGAACUCAGCUCCUUCUGCGUUGCCAAAAGAAUGUUAUGGGCGUCACACCGAGAGACAACUCGAGAGGAAGACAUGGCGUAUUGUCUUCUUGGAAUAUUCGACAUUAACAUGCCAUUGCUCUAUGGAGAAGGAUCGCGGGCUUUUAUCCGCCUCCAGGAAGAGAUAACGAAGAAGCUCGACGAUGAUUCUAUUCUCGCGUGGCAUCUGGACACAAAUAUGCGCCAUCCACAAGGACUAUUUGUCCAAGCUUGGUCGUUCUUCCGGCCAGUACCUCAAACACUGCCUAACAAGGUCUUUCAACUCGUUGCUAUAGCGAAGAGAAGCUUCGAACGGCCGUUGACCAGUAAGCAAAUGUCGGUCCAGCUUUCCAUUGCUGUACGAUUUGCCAUUGACAAGGCGUCUUCCUAG